AUGCUCACCGUAUCAUUAAUAUAACAAACAAUUCGUCGAUUACAAGAUGAAUUAGAUAAUACAACACAAUUACUCGAAUCAAUUCGUAGUAAAGGUGCUGAUCUUACACAAUUGACAAAUUUUCUUGAUGGUACACUCAAUCAUAUUCGUUCAAGUGAUUCAACAUCAACUCCAACAUCAACAACGAAUUGUUCUGAAUGUCGUCAAUUAAAAAGUGCACUUGUAUUAGAAUUAACAGGCAAAGAACGUUUUCGUUUUGGUUAUGAACAACUUUCAUCAAUGAUUAAAGAAGCAGCACCUAUACUUCGACGACAAAAACAAGAUUAUGAAGCAUCAUUUGAAGUUAUUGCUAAAUUAACAAGUGAAUUAAAUGAAGCAAGAAAAGAAUUAUCCGAAUUACAACAAUUAUCAGGUGAAAGUAUUGAAAAUUAUCGUUAUAUACAACGUGAAAAUCAAUUUCUAAUCAAUGAUAAUAAGUCAUUGGCAACAAAGAUUCAAGUUCUUCUUGCUGAAAUCGAAGAAUUACGUACAGGUAAACGUCCAUCUGAUCGUGAAACAUCACCUGAAUAUGAUCUAAAUCAAGAAGUACCAUUAACAUUUCGAAAUGUUGUUGAACUUCAACAUGUUAAUCAAAAAUUAGAUAAAUUAGUACGUGAAAUGCGUGCACAAAAUAAUAAUAAUGAUGAAGAUCUUAAUCGAACAAGAUUUGAUGAACUUAAAAAAGAACAUCAACAACAACAAGAAAAAUUAAAAGAAACAAAAAAUCAAUUAGAUUCAUUAGAAACACAGAUGACAUCAUUAAUUCAAGAACGAGAUUUUCUUCGUUUAUUAGUUUCACGUUCAUCAUCAUCACAAACUACUUCAUCAACAAAUCAAACAGUUGAUAUUCAUCAAAUAGAAAAUUUACGUGAUCAAGUUAAUCGUUUACAAGAAAAAAUUGAUAUACUUACAAAAAAAAAUGCACAAUUAACUAAUGAAAAAGAUGAUUUUAUCAGAACGUCAAAUGAAAAAAAUCGUUCAAUUCAAUAUGAACUUUUAACAGCACGUACCGAACUUGAACAAACUAAUGAAAAAUUAAAUUUAAUUAAUGAAGAACAAGCAACAAAUAGAUUAACAAUUACUUCUCUUAGAACGGAAAUUAAUGGUUGGCAAGAAAGACAUUCUAUGUUGAAUCAAAUUAGAAAUAAACAAGAACAACAAUAUUUCAAUGUUUUAAAUGAAUUACGUCAAUUAAAAGAUGAAAAAACAUCAUUAGAAUGUCGUUUAAAUACAUUAGAAAAUGAACGUAAAUUUGAUUUAAUAAAAUAUGAACAAAUUGAAAAUGAAUGUAUAUUAUUAAAAAGUGAAAUAAUUAAAAAUGAACAAAUUCAACCAGUUAUUGAAAAACUUCAAAAUUUAGCUCAAUAUACAAAAGAAAAAACAAAAGCUAUGUUUCAAGCUAAAUUAAAUGAUUUAACAGCACAAAAUGAAGAAUUAUGUCAACGAAUAGAACAAAAUGAACGUGAAAAAGAAUUAACUGAACGUACAUAUCAAUCACGUUUAGAUGAAAUAACACAAAAUUUACAACAAGAAAAAAUAAAUCAUAUGGAAAUACGAACAAAAUUUACAACAGAAAAAGAAAAAGCUGAACAAUUACAACGACAACUUAAUGAAAUAGAAACAAAAUUAAAUACGAAUACAAAUCAAAAAACUGAUUUUGAACAACAACUUGGUGAUUAUGAAAAAGAAUUAAAAAUACUUAAAGUUAAACUUGAUGCAGCUAAUAAUGAAUUAGAAUUAAAGCAAACAUUAAUUCAAUCAAAUAUUGAUAAUGUUAAUCAAUUGAAUAUUAAUGGACAAAAAGCAAUUGAUGAACUUGAAAAAGUUAAACAGGAAUUUGCACAAAAAUCUAAUGAUUAUGAAAAUGAAAUAGAACGAUUCAAACAAGAAAUUCUAAAUCAUCAAUCAAUUAUUAAUCAAAAUGAAGAAAAUAUUCGUUCAUUAAAUGAACGUAUUCAAACAUUAAAUGAUCAACAUCAAGCUGAAUUAAUACAAACAAAUGAACGUAAUGAACAAUUACUUAAUGAAAAAAAUCAAUUUUUACAACAAUUACAAACUAUAGAAGAAUCUCGUGAUGAAAAUCAACAAUUAAAAGAAAAAAUUGAUCAAUUACAAUUAACAAUAGAACAACAACAAAUUAAUUUUAAUGAAUUAGAAAAACAUCAUAAUGAAUUAUCUGAACAAUUAAUAUCAUUACAAAAUGAUAAUGAACGAUUACUUGAACAAAUUCAACAAUAUGAAACAACAAUUCUACAAAAAGAUGAUAUAUUUAAAGUUCAACAAGAUUUAACACAACAAUUUGAACAACGUUAUAAUGAACUUGAACAAAAACAUAAUGAACAACAUGCUUUAAUGAUUAAAUUAACAACACAUUUAGCUGCUAAAGAAAGUGAAACAACUGUUUCAACAACAGAUUCAUCUGUUAAUGAAACAUGGAAUACAAUACUUGCUAUGAAUAAUUAUCUUCGUGUUGAAAAUGCACGUUUAACAGAUGAUGUUGAACGUAUUCGAUUAGAUAAUGCACAUUUAACUGAACGUAAUAAUACAUUAGAACAAACAUAUUUAAAUAAUCAACAAAUAAUUGAUGAACUUAAAUUAAAAAAUCAAUCAUUACAAACAUUACAAGAUCGUUUUGAUAAUGAUCAACAACAAAUAAAUAAUUUACAAGAAAAAUGUCAAUUAUAUGAACAAGAAAAAGAUCAUAUACAACAAGAAAAUAAUCUUAUUCAAACAACUAUUAAACAACUUAAACAAGAAAAAGAAUUAUUAAAUAAUCAAUUAAAACAAAUUGAAGAAAAAAUAUCAAUAAAUCAAGAACAAUUAACUAUUAAAACAACUGAAAUAGAACAACAAGUACGUGAAAAUGAUAAUCUUAAAGAACGUAUUUCAAAAGUUGAAGAUGAUAAUCAAAAAUUAAAAGAAAUGAAUAUUAAAUUAAAAGGUAUUGCAAUUAAAUAUCGAACAAGUGCUGCAGCUGCAGCUGCAACAACAACUUCAACAACAACAGCAGUACCAACAUCGACUGAUACAGAUGAAUUAUUACCUAGUGGAACAACAGAACUUCCACCUCCAAUUGAAAAUCCAGUUGAUAUAAAUAAAAAUCGUGCAUUACCAAUUGAUUUAACUGAAAAAAUGAAUAAACUUCGUGAUGCUCUUGUUAUGGCACGUACAAGAAUAACAACUCAACAAAAUCGUAUAACACAAAUGACAAAUGAAUUAAUACGUGCUAAACAAACACGUAUAUCAAAUGAUUUAACUGAAGCUCAUAUUCUUAUUGAAAGUAUACGACAAACUUAUGAAACUGAAAUUAAUGAUCUUAAACAUAUUAUACAAUUAUUUGAUAAUAUUGAUUCAAAUGAACAUAUGGCAGAAAUAUUACGUUUAAGAAAAAAAAUUGAAGAAUUAACAACAAAUAAAUCAUCAACAUCAUCAAAUUCAAUGACAUCAUCAACAACUAAACAAUCAGAAGAUGUUACAUCAAAAUCAGUUCGUCCACAAGCAUAUGCUUCACCAAUGACACAAGAACCAGUUAUUUCUCGUGUUGUUCCAAUGGCUCCAUCAAGUGGUCGUCAAAUUGGUGUAGCUAUACCAAUGACAGCAUCAGCUACAUCAACAACUACAAGCGCAUCACUUUGGACUGGUGGAACUACAACUGAAACAACUACUGCACCGACAACGGCUGUUGAACAUCAAACAACUCAAAUAACAACAGCAGCUGGUGUUAAUUUAUUAAUGAAACGUACAAGAGCUGAUGAUAGUGAUCAUAAAUCCACAGAAUCUACACUUAAACGAUCUAAACCAGAAACUGAAAUAACUCCAUUAAUUGCUCAUGUUGAACCACAAGUACGUGAACAACAAUUAAUUCCUAUUCAAGAACAACAAGAAACUAUCGAAACAAAUGUUUUGAAUACAACACGAACAGAUAUCAUACCGAUAUCAACUGAUAAUGAAGGUGUUAGUCAAUCUGUUGAAGAAACAAUUUCAACUGAACAAUCAAUGGAUACUGAAACUCGAUCAAAUACUACAACAACAAAUAUUGUAACAGUCGGUGAUACAACGAUAACAACAACAACAACAACAGAAUCAACAAAUAUAACUACAGCUGAACAAACAAAUGAUCAACGUCGUGGUGAUAUUUUACCAAUUAUUUAUGAUGUACAAUCAAUUCCAACGAUUGGUAGUGGUGGAUCAGCACAAAUAAAUCGUGGUGGUACUGGUCGACAACGUCCUUUUAUGAGUAUUUCAGCUACUCGUCGACCAUGGCCUGUAAGAAGUGGUAUUGGUGGUGGUGGUGGAAGAGGAGGUUUAGGUGGACGUGGAACUGGUGGUGUUGGACCAUCAGCUCGUCAAUAA